UAUUGCUUUGUUUUUUUAAUUAUUUUUUUUUUUUUUUGAUUUUUGAUUAUCGAAUUUGAUUGAAAAUAAUUUGUGGCGAUAAUUAUUUACUUCUGACUGUUGUACACAAUAAAUUUGACACUUCAUAUUGUUGAUGAGAAAAAAAUUCGUGACUCGUUUUCAUUUCAUUUUUUCGAUCCUUUCUAUUACUGUUUUAGUUUUUAUUGACACACCGAUUUGAUUCAAAACUGAAAAAUCGUGAAAGUUGUUUUUGACUUUGAUUGCGACAAUUUUUUGCACAAAACCACCCCCUGAAUAAAAUCAAUUUUUGAUGGAACCAUCUCAAUCAUCCAAUACACCGUCAUCAUCAUCUACCCACAAUAAACGAAAACAGGCCAGGCAGUCAUCAUCAUUUGCGGGCUCGGAUCUGGAUCGUCGACAGCUUCGUGAAUUGCGUCAUAUAAAUCAUUUGUUGAAAAAAUAUGAUCCGAAAUCAUUGGAUGAAAUCAAUCGUGAACAACAAAAUCAAGGCCUUUCAAAUAGAAAUGUUCAUUUGCCAGUAGCAAGCACUAGUGCUGCUACAUCAUCAUCAUCAUCAUCUAAUACAAGAAACAUUCGUUAUCGAACAUUAACAAAAAAAGAACGUCGAGCGCAUCGAAAAAAGCAAGAAAAAAAAGUACAACGUCAAGAUAAUCUAAGUGGUGAACUUCGCCACUAUCUGGGCUCAGCCAUUAAAAAUUCUUUAGGUCAUAUGCAUGAUCAUAUAAUUGCAACAUUGCCAACAGAAAUGUCCUUAUAUUAUCAAAAAGUACACGAUACGUUAGUGUUGGAUGUAAACCAAGAUGAUAAUAAUUCCAAUCAAAACUCGAAUCCGGCUAGUGGACGACAAAUGAUGAAUGAAAUGCAUGAAUUCAUUACGACUUCAUCAGUUGAUGCCGAUCUUGAAGCCACUAGCAAUAGACCAUCAUGCUCAUCUAAUCCUACCCAAUCAGAACAAAUGACAUCCAAUAUACAUUCAUCGAGAUCUCGACCUCAUUAUUAUGCAUCGCACAAUCCAUAUGCACCACCAAUGCAUAAACCGGGCAUUCUGCCCAUCAGAGAUUUUCUCCAUGAUCCAUUGAACGCAUCGUUGAACACUUUGAAUCGUGUAACCAAUUUGGUCCGUGUUCCCACAUCUCAAAUCUAUUCACAUGGCUAUAAUAUACUCAACAAUCUGGCCAGUCCAGUUAAUAUUCAGCUCUCGACAUCACCUACUGUUCCACGUCCGCCAGGAACUGCUGAACGUAUCGUUCGUAAAGAUGAUGACGAGAUGCCGGUACCUCCACCAGUGUUGCCAUUAAUUCAAUGUACACAUCAACAGACUCGUCUUGAGCCUUUGGAUUCGGAAGAAUUUGAUGUAAAAACUUGGACAAUCGAAACACUUCGACAACGUGUAUUUCAUGGUGGAAUUUCUGAGAAACUUCGUCUGCGACUUUGGCCAUAUAUACUUGGACUUUAUGAUGGUGAUAAUGAUGUUGACGAUUGUCGUGAGCAAUUUGAUUGGUCAUCAAAACAAAAACUAUUUGAGCGUUAUCGAUCACAGUGGAAAUCCAUUUUGCCUGAACAGGAAAAACGAUUCAUGCUGUUUCGAGAGCGUAAAUCAUUAAUUGAACGUGAUGUGAUUCGUUGUGAUCGAACUCAUCCAUUCUAUCAUGGUGAUCGCAAUGAAAAUUUGGAGAAAUUGAAAGAAAUUUUAUUGACUUAUAUGAUGUAUGAUUUUGAUACUGGGUACGUGCAAGGAAUGUCAGAUUUGGUCUCACCAUUACUAUAUGUGGCCGAAGGUGAUACCUGUAAAGCAUUCUGGUUUUUCGUUCAGACCAUGGAAUUCACUAACAAUAAUUUUGAAAUGUCACAAUUGACAAUCAAACAUCAAUUGGAAAUGCUGUGGAAAUUGAUUGAAUUGACAGAUCCAAUUUUUGCCCAAUACCUCGCUAAUAAUGACUCAGUCAAUUGUUAUUUUGCAUUCCGUUGGAUUGUGUGUCAAUUUAAACGAGAAUUCAUGAAAUCUAAUUCUGAUGAUUAUCAAGAAGUUUUAUUAUUAUGGGAAUCAAUAUGGACUUGUUCAUCGAUAAAAAAAUAUUUCAAAAAUUUACGUCGACAACAACAACAAUCCUUAUCCGAAGAGACAUCGAAAUCAGACGAUCAAGAGCCAUCGACAUCCCAAACAAAUGUUGUAAAUCUGCAAGUCGAAGAUGAUAGUAAUAUUGAAGGUGAUUGUAUAGCCAAAGCAGCAUCAGAUUUAGCUAUAAAAAUUGACGAACAAUGCAAAAUUGUCGAUGAAAAGUCAGAGUCAAUCGAUAGUACAGAAUCGCAAGAAUCCAUGACGACCACUUAUAGCGAUGGAUCUAGACGACUUUCAGACACUGAAUUAUAUGUGUUAUGCAUAUGUUUAGCUAUCAUUCGUCGUGAACGUGACUUAAUCAUGGUCCAACGCUUUGAUGCUACAGAAAUAUUGAAGCAUUUCAAUACGCUUCAAUUGACCACGAAUUUGAAAAAUAUCCUCAUACAUGCGGCUAACAUUUGGUCAUGGCUCAUAUACGAUGAUAAUGAAAAGUUGUUAUAUGCUUCAUCAACUCGAGAGCACUUAUCGAUUAUUGGUGAUCAUCAAACAAGAAAUCGUAAUAGUGAGGAAUCACAGCCAUCAAACAUUCGUAAUCGUAAUCAACUAUCACCAGCUAAUGGUGAAGCUAUCGUUGAUGAAGAUUUCGAUCUACUACAGGAUCUUCGUUUACCACUGGAUCGUUCAGCCAAUGGAUCAUCAUCGCCGGCAACCAUGCCAAAUGCACCACUGGCUAGUGAUGAUUAUUAUAUUUUUAGUUGAAUUUUUUUUUUACUGAACGAAUACCUUUUGUUUUCAUUUUUUUCUGAACGAAAAUUGAUUAAUUUUAAUUUGAAGAAAUUUUCCUAAUUAAAGAAUUAAACUGUGUUGUUCAACAUAAAACCAA